AUGGAAAGAGGGAAAACCUUAGAUAGCAUCCCUAUUGAUCUCAUCCUCGAGAUUCUCUUCAGAGCGUCGACUAAGUCAGUCGCUAGGUUUGGUCUCGCUUCCAAGUUCUGCGCGUCCAUAGUUAGACGUCCAGAUUUCACCGAGUUGUUUCUGACAAGAUCUUCGGCUCGGCCGCGUCUCUUGUUCGCUAUCCGACAAGGCAGUAAAUGGAGCUUCUACUCAUCGCCUCAGCUUGCUCCCGGUGAGUGCCGCUCCAACUCGUCGUCGUCUCUUGUAGCAGCCGCCGAUCAUCAGGUGGAGUUAGAUGGAUACACGCACCCAGUAAUUUGUGAGCCUGUCUCUGGUUUAAUCUAUUUCCAUAACGUGCAUAUCGAAAAGAUGAAUGUGAUCACAGUGCCGGUGGUAUAUAACCCUAGCACGGGACAGUACACGAGCUUCCCCAAACGGACAAGGACGACCAAGUUUGCCUUGAGAAGCCUUUUAGGGUAUGACCCUGUGGACAAACAAUUCAAGGUACUGUCAUAUGAUAGUGGUGAAAGGGAGUAUCAUAUUCUGACACUUGGAACCGGGAAAGAGUACUCGUGGAGGAAGAUCGAGUUUCCAGCCCGUCAUAGUCCUUUUUCUGAAGAGAUAUGCAUUGAUGGGGUUUUGUAUUACUUAGCUGAUGUUGUAUAUCGUUACUCGCCUGAGCCUUCUGUGAGUCGUGUGAGUAUAGCUUGCUUUGAUGUUAGGUCCGAAAAGAUUCGCUUUUUGGACGCAUCCAUGUUCUUGAAACCAUCGCGUCGGCCUUAUACACUGAUAAAUUACAAGGGUGAAUUAGGGGUAAUUGGUUCGACUUGGCAUGGUUUUGAUCGUGAUGGGAACCAUACCAUUGAGUUUAAAUUGUGGGUUCUAAAGGAUGUCCAGAAGAAUUCUUGGUCAAAAAGUGUUUUCUCUGCGAGACCAGAGGAGGUGAGUUUUCCAUGUGCCUUGCUCUCGCUGGAGCGACUGCGACAGGUGAAAUUUUUUUUUCGAUGGACAGUACAACCACACCCUUCUAUGUUUUCUACUUCAGUCCGGAGAGAAACACUACCGAGAGAGUUGAAAUCCGAGGUUUUGAAGCGUUUGAGAAUCCUUGCAAAGUUCACACGUUUGUAG